UACGCAGUUUUGAGGUAAUUACACUAAAAUGGGUGUUGAAGACGUUACUAUGAAGGACUUUAAACUGAAGCCCAUGAAGUGCGAGUUAAAUUACCUUACUAAAUCGGACGGAUCUGCUAUCCUAUCACAGGGAACUACAGUGGCAUUAGCAUGUGUAAAUGGUCCUCUGGACAUCAAAAUGCAGAGCCAAAGUAUUGAGAAAUCUACAUUAGAGGUGUUAUUUAGCAGUAAAGGUGGGAAACCCUGUGUUGCAGAUAGGUAUAAAGAGAAUGUAAUCAAACAAACUUGUGAGACUGCAGUACUAGGCAGCUUGUAUCCUCGUUCAGGAAUCACCAUUACGGUACAGGAGCUUGAGGACUAUGGAGGACUACUCUGCUGCUGCGUGAACAGCGUCUGCCUGGCUCUCCUCAACUCCGGCAUCGCGAUGCAUCAUGUAUUUGCCGCUACCAUGUGCGCCAUUGACGUCAGUGGUAAUAUCGUCCUGGAUCCCAGUCAUGAGGAGAUAGAGAAGGCCAGAGCUGUUAUGAACUUCGUCUUUGAGAGUCGAGAAAAAAGCCUUGUUACAGUGUUCACCGAGGGCAGUUUCAGCGAGGCGGCGUACCGCGAGGCGCUGGAACAAUGUCGUCUUGCCAGCGAGCUGAUCUUCGCCUUCUACAGAGACAUUGUUAGAAAAUACUCGUGUAUUAUUGGAUGACAUUAAUUUAUUUUGAUUCCCGUUAAUACCAAUUGGGAAAUUGAUUGGUCUGGGUGUUCCAGGAAGUGCCUCGGAGCUAAUUUUCUUUGCUCUGGCACUCAUUAAUUCCAUUAUUCCCAUUGUUUUGUUGUACAGAUCUGUUGACAGAACUACUGGUACUUUUGUUCCAUUUGUUCUGUUAACAAAGACAGUUUUCUUCACAGAACUACUGAGAAUUAUCUCUCCCACUAGUUCGUUGUACAGUUCGGUUGACGGAACUACUGGUACUUUUCUUCCCAUUUAUGUUGUUGAUAAAUAGACAGUUUUUUUCACAGAACUACUGAGUAUGAUCUGUCCCACUAGUUCUGUUUACAGAAUUACUGGUACUUUUCUUCCCAUUUAUUCCGUUGGUAAAUACGACAGUUUUCUUCACAGAACUACUGAGAAUUUUCUCUCCCACCAGUUCUUCCAAUGAGUUUUCAGUCUAGAGUUGUACCUAUAAAUGUAUUCAUCAUCAACUUAUUUAUACAUUCCACUGCUGCGCACGGCUCUUCACUCAGGCGAGGGAUUAGCCAUAGUCCUACAUGCUGGCCCAAUGCGGGCUGGGGACUUCUCAAGUUUUCCGAGGGUCGUGAACCUUCUACGACGCGCAAGUUCCAUCACAAUGUUUUCCUUCACCGAAAAGCUUAUAGUAAAUUUCAAAUUUAAUUUCGCACAUAAAUUGGGAGAAACUCAGAGGUGCGAACCCGGAUUCGAAACCACGGCUUCUGCUUGAGAGGCGGUAGGUUAGGUAGACCAUUAAGCUGUCACGGCUUCUGGAAUCUGGUACUCACAGUACAGGGUAUACUCUAUUUUGAGACCAAUUCGAAAUCUAUUUUAGUAUUACUAAGUAGUUAUUUUUUAUGUGGAAGAGUUUAUUGUGUGCUUCAGGGCGUUCUAAUUUGCAAACUUGGACUCAAAAUGAAUGACCAUAAAUUCGAAUUCGGCUUAGUGAGUUAUACUUUAUGCAGUGGCGGAUUUGCAGUCUUGGCUACCCUACGCCCCAGGCCAUGUAGUCAAUACCAGGAUCCGUUCUGUAGUUUGAGUUUAUCGCGACCAGACAGAUAAGACAUAGUGAUUAUACAUUAUAUUAUAGAUAUGUAACAUAUUUAUAUUUUAGACA